UCAAGAUUCCGUUCCUCGCGAAGAUGACGUCCCGCCUGCGCGGCCCAUCGGCGGUGAAGGACACGCCGAAGGCUGCCGCCCCGUUCGCCAAGGACUAUUUCCACCGGAGUGAGCCGGAAGUGCACUCCGGCCGGUCGUGCAAGAACGGCGGGCGCGGCAGUCGUUAUCACUUUGGCAUGUCGCGGCAACACGACAACAAAACGGAGCGGAACGGACGUGAAUGCGCUCAUAGAGACGAAGCAACGGAAGCGGUUAACGCCGACCUGCUCUACAGAAAGAGCAGGGAACACUUUGGUUCUUGGGAAUUCAAGGAUAUCGUUCAGGACGACGCGAGAAGAUCGCGGCGUCAGGAGAGCGAGGACGCGCGUCUGACGAAUGGGAAGUUCAGGAGCGAGCCUGUAGGCGCGAAGAUGGAUAAAUCGCAACAGGAUCGCCUGGAGCAUCGGGAUGAGGGAUAUGUAGGAUCCUUGCCACGAGAGGAUCGCUCAAGAGGCGAGUCCGUUGAGCGAGAACUCAAUGGCUCUCACAAAUCGAGAAAAAGAGAGUCCUGGGAGGAGGAUGUGGAAGCGAGGAGUCGAAGCAGAACAUCCAAGACGAGCAAGAGCAAGGAUGACGACAAGGACAUAACACAACCCGUCGAUGAAAGGGACAUUCUGCUGAAGGAGAUUGAGAACUUAGCCAUCGAUGGCAGUCAGUCGCCAGAUCGCAGGAUCCAGGCGAUGAUCGAGCGAUUGAAAUCACGGGAGGAAAGCAAGCUGCGAUCCAGAAGAGAGCACCGUUCGACGAGUCCUGAAAAAGAGGUGCACGGCAGGACGAGGAGCAGCGGUAGGAGCGAGCCACGAUCACCGAUCGGCGAUCAUUCGCUGGACAACGAUCGUGGAACUAGAUCGAGAAGCACUGAGAGAUCAAAUGAAGAUCGAAAUGAGCCUCGGAGGGACGACAGCUUCCGAAAGAGGAGUGACACUUACAACGCUGACGUUAAGAGUCACCGAAGGAGAUCAAGGGAGAAUGAGGAGGAUCAUUCUCGAUCAAGAGCUGACAGCUCGAAGAGAAAAAGUUACACUUACGACGGCUCGCCGGAGGACUUUGACGUCAGGAUACAAAAGUAUGACCGGGCCCUUCUCGAACCCAGACGGGAUCUGGACAGAAGUUCACCUCGGCGAACCUCUCCUAGAGACUCGAAUCUAGGCAGAAAGGAGUCCUUCAAGGAGCACGAUCGAGAACCGGUGACCAAAAAGAGCUCCUUCAGGGCAGAAUCCAAGCGAGCGACCAGCAAAGAUCGCGGCGAAUCCGGUUUGACCAGGAAGACGACGCUUAAGGAUCAAGAUAACGACGCGUAUAAAAGACACGUAUCGAAAAGCCAACAUGAGACUUCAGGAAGUAUUAAAUAUUUCGGCAAGAAUCAAGAAGAGCUCUCUCGCAAGGAUUCCAUGAAAGAUACGAACGCGGAAGGAGGUAGGAAGGGUUACUUCAAGAUAUCGGAUGACGAGUUUGGUAAGGUUUUGCUGAAAGAUCAGCAUGACGAUUCGGACAGGAAAGUUUCUUCAAAGGAACACUCAGGUGGCGUCAGCAGAAUCGUCCUAAGAAAUUUCGAUGAUGAAUCUGGCAGGACUAACUCGUUUAAAAAUACGAGUGAAGAUUCCGGAGGGAGAAACUCGUUUAAGGAAAAGAACGUCGAGUUCGGUGGGCUUUCCUACAAGGACCGCGAGAAUGACUCAGACAGGAGGAAGAACAGCUUCAAGGAUAACGAUGGAAAUUUCGGUCGAACAUGCUAUCAAGAUUAUGAGAAUAAUAUCGACAGGAAAACCGCGAACGAUCGGUACAUUGAGUUCGGCAAGAUCUCUUUCAAGACGGAGGAUGACGAGUUGCGUACCAUGAGUCCCUUUAAAGCGGAGGACCAUGAGGCGGUCGCUAGAGCGAGUUCCUUUAAGGAGCGCGAAGUCUCAUCGAAGAGACGCGUGUCCCUGCGAAACAGAGGCCGCGAAGCGCUCGAGAAGAAGCCGGACAGCCACUACGCCAGACCAUUGUCGCCGCUGAACAAGGACGAGCUGGAAUUAUCUCCCCGAGAGGAUAACUUCGCCAAGGACACGAAGGGUUUCUGCAACAAGGCCUGGCACGAGAGCAACCGGAUGUUCUCCGCAAAGUAUCUGCGGGAGCAUAGCAAGCUGCGGAACGCACCGGAAGGGCGACUCGAAACAUCGCCCGAGCGAGGAUUUUCGAUCCUGCAGGACUCGAGGGCUGGCGCAAUCGAGGCGUCUGCGAAUAAUCCUGAUGAAGAUCGCUUUGGAACGCGCGGCGGAAUCGAUUCGGGUGACGGUGGAUCACCGCGAUUUUCGCCGAUUCGUGAUCGCAACGGCGCCACGAUUAUCAGGAUCCGAUCAUCAGAGGAUCCUGGCGGCGCGGAGAGGCGUCGCCGGCGUCGUCCCGCGCAGGAAGUAUCCGCGGCGGUGAGACGUAGGAGGUACGAGGACGAGAACAACGACGAGGACAGCGAGGAUGAAGCGGAGGAUCGCUGGCGAAGGACUCGAAGGGACGGCGGGGUCCUGCCGGGAAGAAGCGGCGGCGACACCGGCGGCGGGGGUACGACGCCCUCGAGAACGAUUUGGAACUACCGCGAAGGGGGCGUGCUCAUCACGGAUGUGGAAGAAGGGCAGCCCUGCUUGCAAUGCGGAGAAGCGUGUCCCGGAUUCUCGCCGCAUACAUGGAGGUAAGUCUUCUUCAAUGAAGUAAAUAUCGCACAAUGGAAUGGCAAAGGCAAAAGUUGAGGCUGCAAUCGGAUACCUACAAUUCUGCAGAAAUCACUCAAAAGACCCGAGCUUUCGUAGAUUAUUCAUACGAGAAUCAUUUCGAUCCGUCCGCGACGACGAAAUGUCAGAUCACUGAACUUGUGCUCAUUUCAAUGAAGCGUUAAAUGGCUCUUCGGCGUUUAAACAGCGUUCUCCAUGAGACGCGUUAAUUUUCCAUUUAACCGCGGUCGCAGUAGAACGAGAAAAAGAGAAGAAGAAAACAAAAGAGAAAGAGAGAUAGAGAAAGAGAAAGAGAAAGAGGCCUUGGUGCAGAUCACGGAACGCGAGAUCACGGAUUGCCGAAUCACGCUGAAACUGUUAGGCUCAGGGAUGCCGCACGAUGGUAUCCAUUACCCUGGUAGCGUAACCCGGCAGCGGUGAAAUUACCGCUCGGUAAUUACCCACCGUGACUUACGACCCAGCAAUGCGGUAAUAGCGAAUUAAUCGCCUGGGGCUACGUGGGGCGAAGGCAGGGCCGCCUUCUCUCUUUCUCUCUCUCUCUCUCUCUCUACUGCAAGGAGAAAGGCGGGCCCACCGUGUCGUGCGAUGCAUUUAUGGCAUGGAGAUGGAUUCACAGUUAUAUCUCGCCUCAGGAUGAGUCGAAGAUCGGGGAUCGUGCGGGGCGACUGUGAUUGCAAUAAUUGGCAGCGGUACCUACGUCGCGGAUCCAUGAAUAAAUGUCUUCUCGUUCACGACAAUUUUCAUCCGGGGAUUUUUGUUAUAUAAUGAGCAACAGAGCAUAAUCAAUUUAAUAUUUGAGAAAGAUGCAUAUGAAUUUUUCAAGUCCUGCGAGAUGAAUCUAUAAUAUUGUAAUGGUUAGAGAAAUAUAUAAAAAUCCACAAAUUCUUCAAAAUCGAGUUUGUAUCUUCAAUAUACCGCAAGAAAUUAUUGUACAAAACUUGGAGCGAAAUUUAUUGCGGAGUGUACAGAUGGAAGUACUAAGUUUACUCGAUAAUCGAAUCGCGUUUAACGUGAAAGACACAAAUCGGUGCUAAAGUACGAAUUCUAUCUGGGGAGAAUCAUAAAGAACAUUCUUCAAAAAUAUUAAGCCGAAUUGAUCUGUUGCGGUUGUUAAUCGCUCGAACUGGAGGAGGAACAAGCUCGUCCGGUCGUAAAAGCGUAAAAUCGAUGACGAAUCAGUGCCACGGUAUCCUCAUCGUGACAUUUCGCUCACAUUAGAAAUUAGUCUCGUUAGGUGGAAAAAGAAACAACAGAUUCGAACACGAGCCAGAAACACGAUUACUCGCGGCUCGAGGUCAUAAUACGCGACAGGGAGAACGCAUAUUGCAAAAA